AGCGCUUACACAAAGAGUCAAAGAUGAAUACCCGGAUGACUACAGCAACGGCCACAUCAUGCGAGAUGUUGAUGUUCUUCAGGCUUGCUUGAAAUGUUUCCAUUCUCUAGUCAAAGGCUCUGAGAUUGAACGGUCACGGUUGAAUGAACGGCUUCCUUUCAACUUCUACUACCUGGACGAGGAUGACAAAAUCGAAGAUGUAUCUGCCUUGGUUCGCAUUGAUGUCGAGUGUUGGAAAGACCGGCUAGAUGCUGCAGGGCUGCGCUUUGUCAAGAACACAGGUGACUACACCAUGCUUGAAUCUCUGGCCGUUUUUGGGCUACAAGAAGCAUCCCGCUUGGUGGAAGAACGCCUGGCAAAUGAAGUGGACGUGCGGGACCCUUCCCCUGAAAGUGUCCAGGAUACGCUGGCAAGGUUUCUUGCAUCGCCUAUCUUCCGGGAGGGAACGAAGGAUGUGCUUUUGCAUGGCCACAAGCAACUUCAUGAAGAGGAGGCUGGAAAGCUCGCAGACAGUCUGUCCAAUGUGACCUUGAAGGCCAUCCCACGUGGAGCUGAGACUGAACUGUGCUGGAAGGAAACAAAUGAAGUCGUGCAGGGCAGCAGGAAACCAAGGAUGUGUGUCCUCGAUCCGUCAGCAUGAUUCACCCAGGUCUUUGUUUGUCAGUGACGACGUGUUCGAUUUUCCUGAACAAGGUGCAGUUGAGCUGCUUGCAGCGCUUCAUCAGCUGUUCGAUUUUCCUGAAACAGUUGACAAAGCGCUGAGGGAGUUGUUCAAACUUGCCUUUGGGCCGAAAGGUCCUGAAGGGAUCCCAGAUGUAUUACAAAAACUCAAGAUUGACACCAAGCUUCAGAUUCGCAGCUCCCUGCAGCCGGGAGACAUAUUUCCGGAAGAGUUACAUUCCAUGUUGGUUCCCUCUGUGAGCGUGGUGUUCGAGGCUGGUGAAUAUGUGGUGGCAGAGUUGGAUGGGAGCUAUGUUCUUGGCCAAGUGCUGCCAUGGGAUCCAAAGGAGGAAAGUGUUGGCCUGAUGCGCCAAUACAGGGUGCAGCUGUCACAAAGGGAGCCACAAAAGACUAUUUCACAGACGGACUUGUACAAGAUAUCGGGUAACACAGCGUGUCCCAUAGGUGGGGAUGCGAGUCAGCUGAUUCGUAUUGAUCUUCCAGAUGAGAUGGAAGCUGCAGAAAAGGAAGUGAAUGACAAAGAAGUUCUGGAGGAGAUCAAGGCCCAACUGAAAAGCAUAUCCAAGAUGGAGGAGAGGGAUUGCAAGAAGGCACUGAGGAGAUUGUAUUUGACAUGGCAUCCUGACCAAGCUGGAGAGAUGGAUUUGGCCAAUCAGAUUUUCCGGUUGCUCCGGGAAUUUGAAGACUGGUAUCGCAAUGGUGGUGCUGACUGCAGUUGGCUUGAUGAUUGGGGUAGACCAGAAGGAACAAGUCCGAGGACGUCCAAGAAGCGCUACAAAAAGGGCCGCGAGAAUCGCAGAAAGCCCCAGGCCGACCCCCCGUCAAGGCCGAAAUCAGCACAGGCUUCAUGGUUCAACGAGUUUGAAACUGAGAGAGAGCGGCGUGAAGAAACAAGACGAGAGAGUCAGAAGAGGCCGCACGUGGCGCACAGGGCAGUUUUCGUGCACCUUCAUACAACGCAGAAGUGGACAGAGCCGAGGAUUGUGGACGAAGAAGAAGCAAUGCGGUGGAUUCGUCAAGUGGAAAGCAAUUUGAAGGUCAUGCUGAAAGUGGCAUCGCCUUCAGAAGGAGGACCUUUUUUUGCAGACUCUGUGUGGUAUGCCAACCAAGUGGUGGAAAAGGCCCUAAAGUCAGCCAUGUUGCGCACCUGCGGCUUGACACGAAGUGAAUAUACGGGCGAGGAUUGCCAUGACAUAGUUGCCUUCCAUGAACGUUUGAAAAAGGCAAAUGCGGCAACAGCACCACAAAGGCGAGCACAAAACGACUUGCCGGGUAGUGAAAGUGUCAUGCAAUGGCUGAAGGAUGCCUACUUGGCCGCCCGGUACCCAAAUGCCACUCCUGGCCAAAUCCCCGCCGAUGCAUACACCAAAAAUGAUGCCCAAAUGGCUAUGGAGCUUGCUCAUCAGGUAUUUCGAUGGGCUAAGAGUCUGGAAGACCUUCCAGAGCCGAAAGUCGAAGAAAAAAGAACCAAGGUUGUUUUUAUGCAACAGGGAGUGCCGGCCCCGGCAGCUUCUCCAGCCCAAAGGCCAAAGGUUUCAAGGGUGCAUGAGACGGUGGAAAUGCAAAAGAAAGGUGUGCCGCAGCCGCCACCAGCAAAUCCUUUGAAGCCCACAGUAGCACCGCCUCCCCCUGCCACGGCUCCAAAGGUUUUGAACAUGGAAGAGAGCGAGGCUGAGGAUGCCGCGGAUGCCAAAGGAUUUCCACCAGGAGUCUCAAUGAAUGCUAUGAGUCGACGUCGACGGAUGACCUUGGGCUGCAGCAUUGCCUUUGCCGCUGUGGCUUUGGUGCGAGCGCAGUUUCCGAAGGAUCCAAUGCAGCCUUGUCGAGUGAACAGAGUGAACCGAAUUCCUGCGCCAAGACCAAUGUCGUUGCACGUCGUUGCACGUGCCGCGAGCCUCGACCUUCAGACUCGAUGAUUGAGGCACCGAGCUGUGCAGCCAAGGUGUUGCAUCGUGCUGUAUGCAUCCCAAUUCGCGCAAGCCAUCGCCAGACUUAGACUUGUAACGUGCUAGGUACUAGCUGUACCUAGGUGCAGUGAGCAGCAGGCCUUGAUAAUUC